AUGUCAAACGACAAAAAGGAUCUUAUUGGAUGUUCAAUAUGUCAAAAAAGGGUUACAUUACAUAUGUUAUUGCUUAAUGCAAACUCACCGAUUCGAGGUAGCAACGAUCAAGGAAAAGAUAAAGAUGAAGUACCAAAACCAUUAAGAUAUCAAAUACCAGACAAUGACUUUUACACAUACCUAUUGGGUACAUGGAAGAGAAAUUUAGAAUGGAAAGAGUUUGGUGGAUUGUUUCCUCACAUUAGAACUAGUAAUACUGUUGUAAUGAUUGAAGAAUCAACCAAUUUCAAUUCAGAUCCAUCAUCAAGAUUCUUAAAGUGGAGUUUUGGAAAGAGUCUAAGCAAGAAUGAAAUGAGAUUUGGUUAUUUAAUGAAGAUGGUAUCAGCACCAAAGAAUAUUGAAACCUAUUUAGAAUGGACUUAUAUUGGUACAUUGUGUCAUGGAAAAUACUUGCCAGCCACAAACUGUGCCGUUUUAAAUUUCUUUCAACCAUUAUCUACUGUUUUGGUUACAUAUAGAGUUGUUGAUGAAAAUACAAUGUCAGUUUGUGUAGUAGAGGUUGAUGAAAAGCAAACUCCAUCCAUACAGUUUGGUAACAUUUUUUGUAAAUAA